ACUGAUCGACAUAUAGGCUACAUUUGGCUAUGCACAUGACCCAUAACUAAACUGGGUUUAUGCAAUAUUGUUGGGUUAAUUCACACCGGAUAUGCACAUUUACAUUUGAUAUUCAGACACUUGUCAUGCCAAAGGAGCAAUAGAAAACAGUCCAGUCAUGACAAAAUGGCGAGCGGAGUUGGAAAACACAAACGGCUGUUGGGCCCAACAGAGCCAUGGUCAAUUAGAGAAAAGCUGUGCCUCGCCUCCUCUGUCAUGAAGAGUGGUGACCAGAACUGGGUGUCUGUGAGCCGAGCAAUUAAGCCAUUUGCAGAGCCUGGACGACCCCCUGACUGGUUCUCUCAGAAGCAUUGUGCAUCACAAUACUCUGCGCUCCUGGAGACAACCGAAGCCCCAAAGAGAAAGCGAGGUGAGAAAGGGGAGGUGGUUGAGACAGUGGAGGACGUGAUCGUCCGCAGGCUGACGGCAGAGAGAAUCGAAGAGUUGAAGCGACUGAUUAAGGAGACACAAGAGAAGCACAGGAAACUGAAGAGAGAAGCUGAGCUCAUCCAGGCAGGACAUUUGGACUCCAAACUCGAGGAGUUAUGGGAGAAAAUUGUAUGGAGCAGAAAACAAGAGGAAGAGGAAGCUGAGGUGAAGAGAAAGGCCACAGAUGCAGCGUACCAGGCCAGGCAGGCAGUGAAGAACACUCCUAAACGUGUGCCCAGUGUGACCGUGUGCUCUCCCUCUGGGGCCUGCUCUCCCAGCCUGGAUUUCCCCAUCGGAGACUCAUCUGAAGAGCCCAACACCGCUGGGGCAGGGGCAACAGUGUUUGUGCCCCUGGCAGAGUUACCAGGCCCUGGAGUGGUAGAUGUGAGUUUGGGGUCACUGCUAGAUGAAGCAACACAGAGGAAGCUUUUGGGUCAGAAAAUCACACCACCCCCCUCUCCUCUCCUCUCCGAAUUACUGAAGAAAGGCAGCCUUCUGCCCACCAGCCCCAGACUGGCAGUUGAGGGAGAAUCAUCAUCUAGUCAAUUUACAGGGAGUCACGAUAUUCAGAUGAUGACUUCACUACCUGCCUCUCAGGCAGCGUCAGGUGCUCCUACACUGUCUCGUCUACUGGAAGUUGGCCCCACCCAUUUUCCCUCUCAGCUGAGCUCAUUAGCCACUGCAGACUCCGCCCCCAGCACAACCACUUCUGCCUCGCUCAGCACAGGAGGUGAUGCCCCCCCCAGUGGUUCAGUUGAUAAUAAGGAGGCAGUUUUAGGAGAAGAGGACUUGGUGACUGUGUCCUAUAUGGCAGAGGAGCUGGACUUGGAGACAGUUGGGGACAUCAUAGCCAUUAUUGAAGAGAAGGGCAAUGAGAAUGCAGAAGCACUGGACGCAGCAGCAGUGGAAGCUGCUCUGUCUCUGUGUGAGGACACGGGUCACACCCUGGAAGGUUCCUGGGAUACCAACCCAUUCAGGCCUAUUGAUCAUGAACCCUCCAGCACUGCAGCACUGCCCCCCCACUCUAUGCAUCUAUUGGAGGGAAAGAGAGAAGGUCUGAACACAUGUGGAUCCAGCAGUGGCUGCCCACAGGUAUACCCAACGGCCUCCUUCACUCUCCCAUCUGCUCCUGAAGACCCCACCCCAACACCAGGAGCCCAUUCAGAACCAGAUGCCUCCAGACCAGAACACAGAGAAGAGGGCCAUGAGGAGAAGCCAGAAUCACUUCAUGCUGUGAUCAAGACUGAGAGUGAUGAAUGGACACCGUCUCAAUCAGAUACUCAUUCUGAAGAUGACCCUGUAGUAGAACAGCACUCAAAGGAUGUAAAAGAGGAGGAGGAAGCUGUGAGCGAUGCAGAGGAGGGUAGUGUGUUGGAGUUGAAAGAGGGAUUAGAAGGGGAUGGAGCUGAGGAUUGUGGUGGAGACGAGGAUGGAGAGGGUGUUUAUCUCUCCGAGCCAGAGGGAGAGACAGAGUUGGACCCUCCGGCAAGCGAGAGCGAGGAUGGAUACAGCAUGCGCACGGCAUCGUCUUCCCUACAGCUCCACACCACUGUAGACUCCAUUCCCAGCAGUCCUGCCUCCUCACAGUUCUCUAUAUGCAGUGAAGAUCAAGAAGCUAUUCAGGCUCAGAAGAUCUGGAAGAAAGCCAUUAUGCUGGUGUGGCGAGCAGCAGCCAAUCACAGGUAUGCAAAUGUCUUCCUGCAACCAGUGACAGAUGACAUUGCUCCCGGUUACCACAGUAUUGUGCACAGGCCGAUGGAUUUGUCCACCAUCAAGAAGAAUAUCGAGAACAGUCUGAUGCGCACCACAGCCGAAUUCCAACGCGACAUAAUGCUGAUGUUCCAGAACGCCGUGAUGUACAACAGCUCAGACCAUGAUGUGUUCCACAUGGCUCUGGAGAUGCAGAAGGACGUCCUGGAGCAGAUCCAGCAGUUCUUGGCCACACAACUGAUCAUGCAGACUUCAGAGUCAGGCAUCAGUGCCAAGAGCCUGCGUGGGAGAGAGGCCAACCGCAAACAGGACUCAAACGACAAGGACUGUGUACCCAUGGCCUCUCCUGCAUUCCUUCUCUCACUUUUUGACGGGGGCACUAGGGGGCGACGCUGUGCUAUAGAAGCCGACCUGAAGAUGAAGAAAUGAGUGUUAUUCCUUGUGUUAUAGCUAAUAAAUGACUGAGACUGAUGAAUACAGAAGAAUUCAACUUAAUAUGCCUGAACCGUAUCGCUUACUUCACACUACUAUCCCGACAGUACAGCAGCUGUAUUCACAUGGAAUAUUGAAUGAUUGAGUCAAUGGACAAACUUGAUGUAUAAGAUUUCCCAAAAAAGGGACUGCCUCAAAAUCUGAGUGAAGUUGGUGUGUAUUUGUCUUUAUGUAAAGUUGUUGUGGGAUAUGUUGUGUUGUAUUGUGUUUUGUGUAUGAAGAGUGCCUUUAUAGGUAUUGAUGAAUGAUUGGAGAUUAAACCUGUGAUGAACAUAUGGAGAACUGACAUUGACACACUUUUUAUGGGGAUAACAGGGUUCUGAAAACCAAGUUUUAAAAAUCCUUUUGCUUCAGACCGAUUUGUGAACCAUUUUGACCAAGUGAUGGUAAAUAAUCUAC